UUUUUAAAAAAAUGGGCAUAGGUUAAAUGGGGGCGACCAAAUAGGACGUUCCGUGCAAUUUUUACUAAAUAGAGCCCCGACAAGUUAAGUCCAUAAUCCAGUUCCCUUUACUGUAUUCUAUUUUUCAUAUUUUAAUUUCGGCAUUUUUCCUAUUCUCCAUCUGCCAUAAUCGUCUUCACCACUGUUCCUGCACUUCUGUGGGCUUCUUCUCCGUCAACCAAUGUCCGAUCCCAGUUCUACAGCUCAUAUUAAAACUGUGAGGGUUGUGAUUAAAGGGAGAGUACAAGGUGUAUCAUAUAGGGGUUGGACAGUAGAUAAUGCGACGGAUUUGGGUUUGAGUGGUUGGGUUAGGAACAGAAAAGACGGCACUGUGGAAGCCAUGUUUUCAGGUAGUCCUGAGAAGGUUCUAGAAAUGGAGCGCCGCUGUUGGGUGGGCCCACCGGCGGCGGAAGUCACCGGCGUGGAUGUUAACACUUGUGGUGAAGAUCUUGCCCCUGGUUUUGAAUGUAGGCUAACUGUCUGAUGAAUUGCCUUGUCCAACCGGUACCACUUGGAGAGAGGAGACAAACCCUGUACAAACUGUCCAGUUAAGUUCUUGCUAUGAAAUAUGUUAAAAAUGUAAUAAUCAAUCGGUGGCGGAUCUAGAGCAUUAUAUAUAUGGUGAAUCUAAUUAUAGUUUAUUAAUUUGAGAUUGUGAUAGAAACUCAUAAACUUCAAAUUCUAGAUGUGCUUCAAAUCGGAGACAAAUAGUAGAGGUAAUUUUGGAGCA